GUGGGGUACGCAGGCGCCGCGCUCUGCCAUUGGCCCGCGCGGGGUAGGCGAGGCUCCAUACGUCUGCCGCCCGGCUGUGUUGUCAUUUGGCGGCGGCUAGAGGACACGGUCAAGAUGGCGGCGGUGUCGGGGCUGCUGCGUAGACCCCUUGAGCAGGUGUCCGGGCUGCUGAGGAGGCGCUUCCACCGGACAGCGCCGGCGGCGCUGCAGGUGACAGUUCGUGAGGCUAUAAAUCAAGGUAUGGAUGAGGAACUGGAAAGAGAUGAGAAGGUAUUUCUGCUUGGGGAAGAAGUUGCCCAGUAUGAUGGGGCAUACAAGGUUAGUCGAGGCCUGUGGAAGAAAUACGGAGAUAAGAGGAUCAUAGACACACCUAUAUCUGAGAUGGGCUUUGCUGGAAUUGCUGUAGGUGCAGCUAUGGCUGGGUUGCGGCCCAUUUGUGAAUUUAUGACCUUCAAUUUCUCUAUGCAAGCCAUUGACCAGGUUAUUAAUUCAGCUGCCAAGACCUACUACAUGUCAGGGGGCCUUCAGCCUGUGCCCAUUGUCUUCAGGGGGCCCAAUGGCGCUUCAGCAGGUGUAGCUGCCCAGCACUCACAGUGCUUUGCUGCUUGGUAUGGACACUGCCCAGGCUUAAAGGUGGUUAGCCCCUGGAAUUCAGAAGAUGCAAAAGGGCUUAUUAAGUCGGCCAUUCGUGAUAACAAUCCAGUGGUGAUGCUAGAAAACGAAUUGAUGUAUGGAGUUCCUUUUGAAUUUCCCUCGGAAGCUCAGUCAAAAGAUUUUCUGAUUCCCAUUGGAAAAGCCAAAAUAGAAAGGCAAGGGACACAUGUUACUGUAGUUUCCCAUUCAAGACCUGUGGGCCAUUGCUUAGAAGCUGCAACAGUGCUUUCUAAAGAAGGAAUUGAAUGUGAGGUGAUAAAUAUGAGAACCAUCAGACCAAUGGACAUUGAAACAAUAGAAGCCAGUGUCAUAAAGACCAAUCAUCUUGUAACUGUGGAAGGAGGCUGGCCACAAUUUGGAGUAGGAGCUGAAAUUUGUGCCAGGAUCAUGGAAGGCCCUGCAUUCAAUUUCCUGGAUGCGCCUGCAGUUCGUGUCACUGGUGCUGAUGUCCCUAUGCCUUAUGCAAAGAUUCUAGAAGACAAUUCUGUACCUCAGGUUAAAGACAUCAUAUUUGCAAUAAAGAAAACAUUAAAUAUUUAGUUUUGACUUGAAUUUCAAGUCAUUUGGGAUCUAUUUAAAAUAUUUGCUGAUACCACCUGGGUUGUACUAUAAGACCUUAUGAUUCAUAAAUGUUUUUGUACUUGAAGAAGUUUAAAUGUGCUUGUAUGUGGAAAUCUCUCCAUUAUUUCCUGCCCUAAAAUGUAAAAUUUUACCCUCUCACUGGAAGGACAAGAUAUGAUUGUGGCAGAGUCCCGAUGAAAGAUAUAUCCAAAAAAGACAGCUUAUGUGUAAAAGUAAAAGCAUAUAAUCUACAUUUACUGUUAGAUUGUUUUGAUAAGGAAUAAAGGAAUUCCUAACUGACUAAUUGUAUUUUUAUAUCCUUGAAAAUAAAUAUGGAGUGGAAGUCUAUUAAGAAA